UUGGAAUUGGACGUUUUCCCGCGGAAUUCCAUUUCCACCGAAACGAGGGAAGUGUUUUCGGCUAUACCAGCGUGGCGGUUUUGUUGUAACACGUUAAUAGUGAGGAAGGGUUGGUUGUGCGGGAUAUUUUAUUAUCGUCAGGUGCUUGAUCAGAUCAUCAGAGAUUAAAUAGAAUGCAGAACAGUUGCCUAGACAAGUUCGGUUUUAGUGGGAAACUGUAAAUCUCAUGGCCACAGAGGCACGUUAAUAUGUUUCUCCAGCUGUUGGUGAUGUUGGAAACGAUAACAUUCACCUCAUUGAAUAACUGAUGUUAAUGAUAUGAAAAUAUUAGUCUGUGCAGUGAUUUGAAAACGGCUUGAGGCCUGGUCGAAGUACCUCUAGGUUAAUGAAACGACGAGUCAAUUCAAACAUUCGUGCCAAGACCAUCGAAGCAAUUUCUUUUGAUAAGCUAUUUUUAAACGUUCCAACUGUAAGAAAAGUUUGAUUCCUGAAAUUCUUUCAUAUUUCUUCGUAAACAAAUCGGGGGUGAAAAUCGUUACGGCUGGAUAACAUUAAUUUGAAUAACAAAGCAGUACCGGCUCCGGCGGCGUCGGCUUAGAAAAGUGUGGAAAAUAUUAGUUCACAGUGCCACGUAACAGGUCGUGGAAAUUGUUCACCCUGCGGCUUUACUGCUUUCAAUCACAUUCCUGACAACUUGAGAUUUUGAUGCAACAAUGAAACGUGAUUACUACUGUUUGAUGGUUCUCAAUUCACGGGAGUAACAGAAAGGAUGGAUCCCAACACAUGACACUCGUUGGCAGAUGCGAUCUAAGUCACCCCGCUGCUUGCGAACACUGGCACUGUGAAACGGGGCAGAGUGAGUUCUAUUGAGAAAAAAGAAGGUAGCAGUGUAAGUGGCAAAAGAAACAAUAAUGUAAUUGAAUUCAACGAGAAAACUCUGGUACUGAUGGUUACGAUACAAAAGCGGCACAAUGUUGGAGGAAAAAAUGAACGUGACAGAAAUGGGUCACCUAGUGAUGAACGAUUCCGAUGCAUCCACCGGUGGCACGGCCGACAACUCGACAGUUCGUGAACUUCUUUACUGUGGCCAAGGCCUGGACGACUUCCAUACAAGCUACUCGGCCAUCCAUGGAAUCAUCUGUCUUCUGGUGUGUAUUUUCGGCAGCAUCGCUAACACCCUAAACAUCAUAGUGCUAACAAGGAGAGAAAUGCGUUCACCCACUAAUGCAAUUCUGACUGGUUUGGCAAUCGCCGAUCUGCUUGUAAUGCUCGACUAUAUGCCAUAUGCCGUCUACAUGAGCCCUUACAUGCAGUUUUCUCGAGAAGAGCGGCUCACGUACAGUUGGAGCUGGUAUGUCAUGUUUCAUUCGAUUUUCGCACAGAUUUGCCAUACGAUCUCAAUCUGGUUGACAGUGACAUUGGCAGUGUGGCGAUAUAUUGCGGUGGCAUAUCCACAGAAAAAUCGCAUCUGGUGUGGUAUGACCAACACACUGCUCGCCAUCACAAGUUCCUACAUCGUGUGUCCCAUGGUGGGCAUUCCAUUGUACCUGUCAUUCAGCAUAAAACCACAUGUUGAGCAACUGGGAAGUGACGGUAAUCCCUACAAAUUAAGUACAAAUGGGACAGCACGGAACAUAACACUCUAUCGAACAUCUACCUCCGAACUGGCAGAGAACUACCCGACAUUGCUGAAUGUAAACUUCUGGAUAUAUAGCGUUGUGAUAAAAUUGAUUCCCUGCAUAGCGUUGACGAUACUAAGCCUUAGGCUAAUUGCUGCUUUACUGGAGGCAAAGCGUCGUCGAAAGCAGCUAACGGGCAACUCGAAAGGCAUGAAACAAAUUGUGGAUGGCCGUGUCGUUGAUGUGCAGCAAAAGAAAAGCUCCAAAAACAUGGAUAAGGAAAAGCAAACAGACCGUACAACGCGAAUGCUGCUGGCGGUGCUGCUUCUGUUUCUCAUCACAGAAUUCCCGCAAGGCAUACUGGGGCUGCUAAGUGCACUUCUGGGGAAGCACUUUUUCUACAACUGCUACUUGAAACUAGGGGACCUGAUGGACGUGCUGGCCUUGAUAAACUCUGCCAUCAACUUUAUUUUGUACUGUUCGAUGAGUCGCCAAUUUAGAAACACUUUUAAUUAUCUGUUCCGUCCGAAAAUUUUCGACAAGUGGCUUCCGGUGGCCCAGAAUGAAGAAGACACGCCAGCAGGUCGCCGAAACCAAGAUGGAGCGACUACACAGAUAACUCAGGUCUAGCAAUCGAGGGGACGCCCUAAUUGCCGCCAUUGUUGCUCUGUGCUAAUGACGAGAAUAUUCAGUUGGCUUGUUUUCGGUAAUCGCCGGACCGAAACGGCUCCAACAGAGUGCGCGGUGCUUUAGUGUCGUCUCCCGAUAGCCAACCUUAGCGACGGUUUUCAACGAUAACUGGCUUCGUUAGUGCAAGUAGAUCACGAACCGAAGCUUCAAUCAUGGAAGUGAAUAUCAAUUGUAACAAUUCAUCGAGAGGAUUUUAUUAAAUUUAUCUGUAAUGAAACAAAUGUGAUUAUAAAAUGAUGUUUAAAUUAGGAUGUUUAUAAAUUAUAAUUUACACCAUUACAUGAAUAUUUAUUUCUCAUAUGUGUCAAUAUGUUUUUAAAUCUAACAAGCCUGCGCAAUGACUUUUUGAGCCCCGUCCAUUGUUGUUGGCCAAUAUGACAUAAAAUGUUAACAUUUACUAGACAUUCAAAAUAUGAGCAACUUUUGUUAAUAGAAAAAAUAGUGUAUAUAAUGAUUAACAUUUAAUUUUUGGAAGCGAAAGGGUAAUCAUGAAUUGGGUACAUUUUGUUUGAAUCAUCAUCAGGGAGGCUAAUGCAGUUUCUUUCAGACGCUUUGUCGGCUUUCAACAUUGAUCAUAAGAAAACCUUGGAACCAUGAUGAUACUUAAAUACAAAUUUAACCAGUUCAAGUAAAUUUUUUUAAAUUUACAUUUUACUUAUACAGAAAACAAUCAUGAGUGGCCAUCUCUAAAAGAGUUAAUGAAAUUAAUUUCAUCAAUGUAAUACAACCAGUACAGAAAUGGUAAGUUAUAUUCUGUAAUACAUGUUAAUUUUGAAUUUUCUAAUAAAUAAUUG